AAAAAAAAAACAAUGCCUGAAGGGAAACUGAGAUCAGGAGUUUACAGAUCAUUCAUAAUGUGUGAUGAUCCAAGAGGAGUUGUGGAAUGUGGAGCAAUCAAGAAACAAAGUAAGAUCCGUAGUAGCAGCAUUUGUAGUAGUAACCAAAGAUUUGACAAUCCUUCAAAAUCAAAAGAUAAAUCCGAAAUUGCGCCAAGGAAGAGCACAGAGGAAGCUCCUCCUCCUCCUUCUUCAUUGCAGCUCUUGAGAGUAUCUAAAGGAAUUCAGAAACUUAACGUUGCAAUUGAGUCAUGGUCUAAAGGUUUGAGUUAUGAGACUAUGAGGCCUGAGGAUAUAGCUAAAGGUUUGUUACGAGGAGCACUUGACUUGGAAGAGUCUUUAGCUAUGCUUACUAGUAUACAAGAAGAUGGUGAUAUUAAGCAGAAACCGAGGAUUAGUAAAGAUUUACGGUUUCAGAGAUCGAUGUCUGAUAGAUUUGGAGAGAGGAUUGAGAAACGUAUGAUGAGUCAAGAGAAUGUAGCAUCAAGAGAUUGUUAUGAAGAGCUAAGAAUUAUUAAAGAGAGCUUUCUUAGACAGAAUCUUCUUCCACAAACAACAACUACAGGGACUAAAACUCGGGUUUCUAGAAGUGAUUUUGCUUCCUCUUCUGGAGCUGCGUCUUCAUCAACGAGCUCGAGCCAAUCUUCUAUGGUUUCUGGCUCUACAAAGUCAUCUGCGUCGUCUGAUGUUACAAGGAGAGCUCCAAGUUUGAUUGCUAGGCUUAUGGGUUUGGAUGUAUCUACUCAAGAACCGAGCAAAUGUGUCGUGAAUCAUAUUGAUAAGCCAAGACAAGAGCAGCUGAAGAAGAAGAUCAAAGAGAGUCCUGAAACUGUGAGAUGCAACUCUACAAGAGAAGCUGUUUUACAAGAGAUUCCGAGUGAGAAUCCUUCAACUAUAGUACUCAUUAGACCUAUGCGUGUUGUACAACCGGAAAUGGAAGAAAAACCGGGUAACAAAAGGCCGGUUUUACCCAAGAAACCGAGAAUGCAAGGUGAGGUUCAUCCAAGAAUGAUUAACCAGAGGAAAGAUCAUCAAGCCAAGAGCAGCAACAAAAUGAAAUUACCGUCAAGUCUGACUAAGAAAGACAGAGAACCGAAAGAAAUGUUGCGCAAAGUAGAAGAGAAUGAAGCUAAGGUGAUCAAGCUUAUGUCUCCUACCAAUGCCAAAGCUGUAACAAGAGAUCGAAAACCAGUUGAAACUAAUAAAAAGGUUCUUGUCAAGAAGGAGGAUACUGGUGAAGGUAAAGAUAGAUAUAGACCUCAUGACCGAGCUCUUAAGCCACCGAAUAAUCCUGCAACGCACAAGAAACCGAACAGUCCUUCAGACAUGUCAAGAAACAAAACUCGACGUUCCAGGUUGAGCUCCAGCUCUAGUAGUAGUGGUCGGGAAAAGAAGUCUAGUGAGGCUAAUAGAACAAAUGCCAAGAAGAAACUGCAUCACGAGACAUGACUCGCUUCAGAGAUACGCACGGCAUGCUCGAUAUCCAAUCGAUCAAUAAACCAACUUUCUGCAGAGGAAACCACUUCUUCAGAUCUUAACAUUCAAGCCCAUUGCGACAACGGAGAAGUUACUUCUUGUGCUGCCACAGUUCAGCAAGAAACCUGCCAAAUCCCUCUUAAAGCUUUCCUAUCUAGCUCCCAAGAUUUCAUCAGCUACGCAGAGAAUCUAUUCAAUUUGGACAGUAAUAGCAAAAGAAGCCAAGAAUCAACCUUUCGAAAUAGUGACAGCAUUGUAAUCUCAGACCAAAGACAUGCACUAGACUUUGCCAAAGAAGUAGCCAGACGCAGAAGCCUUCUUCUCAUUACGGAACCAACUUGUCCCCUAAGAAGCUCUGUGCACGUUGAUGAUUUGUUAACGGAAGUAUGUGAUGGGCUUGAGUCCCUGAGUAGUUAUAGAGACACGUUUUUAGAACAGAGCAGCUUUGUUAAAGAGGGCAUUCACAUGGUGUUGGAGAAGGAUUUAAAGAGUAAGAAGACAGAGAUGACAAGUGGAGUUUGGGAUUUGGGUUGGAGAAGUGAGUUUCAGAUUGAUGAAACUUAUCAAGCUGUAGUUGACUUAGAGAAACUUAUCUUGUCUGGUUUGAUCCAAGAAAUUGUCUCUUGACUCUUGAGCCACCAAUACAAAUAUUUUUCCUCUUUUUGUAUUUUUGUUUAUUUAAAUUCUUUGUAACCAAUUAAAUACCAAAGUAUUUAUAUAAUU